GAAUUUUGUUGAUCUAUGAAAAAUAGUUCAAAUGUUGGGAAAAUUUUUAAGGUUAUAAAUUAUAACCUCAAAAUUCUUAUGGCUGUGGCUCUGAGAAAUAGUCUCAUUCAAAAAUCUAGUUCAUUAGUGAAAGUAUUGGAUGAUGUGUGGCAAGGUUUCAGUAUAAUGGCAACAAAUGAAAAGUGUUUAAAGAUGUCGAAGAAAAUAGGCACUCACAGUGGUGUCUUCCAUUGUGAUGAAGUUCUAGCAUGUUUUAUGUUGAAACAGUUACCCCUGUAUAGAGAUGCUGAUAUUAUAAGAACUAGAGAUGAAGCGAUUCUUUCAACUUGUGAUAUAGUGGUUGAUGUAGGAGCAGUGUAUGAUCCCUCAACACAUCGUUUUGAUCAUCAUCAGAGAAGUUUUAAUGAAACCUUAUCUUCAGUCAGACCCGACUUAGUUAAGAAUAAAUUCAUCAAGUUAAGUUCAGCCGGACUGAUAUAUGCCCACUAUGGUUUAGAAGUUAUAGCAGAAAUAUGUAAAACUAAAGAUAUUUGCCUUGAUUCUGCCUCACUGAAAUGUUUAUUUACAUACAUUUAUGAUAUCUUUGUUGAAGAAAUGGAUGCUAUUGAUAAUGGUGUACCAAUGUAUCCAGAAGGAAAACCGCUAUAUAGAAUCAAUACAAAUCUAAGUUCACGUGUAGGAAAAAUGAAUCUGAAAUGGAAUGAACCUGAAAAAUUAUCAAGCAUUGAUAGUUUAUUCCACAAAGCAAUGUCUUAUGUCGGAGCGGAAUUUCAGCAAUGUGUAUUAGAGGCUGCAACAGACUGGUGGCCAGCAAGAGAAAUUGUUCGUAAAUCUAUCAAACAGAGAAAGGAGAUCCAUCCUUCAGGGGAAAUUUUCAUAUUAGAAGACAGGUGUCCAUGGAAAGAUCAUUUGUAUGCAAUUGAAGAAGAGUUAGGAAUUGAGGGUGAACUCAAAUUUGUAGUUUUUCAUGAUAUGUCGGGCAGUUGGAGAGUGCAAGGAAUUCCAGUACAACCAGACAGUUUUAUUUGCAGGGUUUUUCUUCAUAGAAGUUGGAGAGGUGUGAGAGACCAAGAUUUGUCAGAUGUGGCUGGAAUAAAAGACUGCGUUUUCUGUCAUUCUACUGGCUUCAUUGGAGGUAAUCAAACAAAAGAAGGAGCAAUAGAAAUGGCUCUAAAAAGUUUGAAUGCUGCUACAAUAGAUAAAGAGUGAUAUACUCGAUAUUUUAUAAAAUUGAUUAAUUGAAUUGAAGAUUAAAACAUACUAAAACAA